UCUCUUUCUCGCUCAGAUUAGGGUAAUCGAAAUUCCAAACCCUACACGCUCUUUUUCUCUCCGUCGCUUCUCUCUCUAGAUCCAGAAGUCGUCUCUCCGCCGGUGGCGCGUGAGGUUUCCAAACGGCGCGUAGUGCUCUCACCUGCGCGUGAUCGUACGAGCUCAUUCUAUUCAUGUCCUGUACGAUCCGCAUUGGGAAUUUCAUGCCGGAGAUUCGCCGGAGUCUCACCGGUCGGCCUUGAUUCUGCAUUUACAUGGCAUCCGCAGUCCUAGCCAAUCGUAACGAACCUAACUGGCCGCAGCAUAGAGGCGGUGGAGCAGGAUUCAUGGGUAAAGUUUCUUACGCUAACCCUAACCCUAAAUUUGGUAACAAUAAUAAGAGGACUCAAUCGCCAUCUGAUGAUGCUUCCUCAAUCAACCGGCGAUCCAAUGAUGUGGUUGCUAAUCAUUCACAAUACCUUACCUUCAAUAUCGCUUCGUACACCAAGACAGAGCUCAACGAGCUAAAAAACCGUCUUGUGUCGGAGCUUGAACAAAUUCGACAGUUCAAAAUUCGAAUUGAAUCAGGUGAUUUUAAACCCAGACCAAGCCACAACGGUGUUGGUCCCCCAAAGAAAUCGAGUAGCAAGAAGGUCUCAGGCAACAAACGGCCUUUUCCGUCGAGGGAAUUGAAGAGAUCACAGCCGGAGGUUGCGGACCUGAUGAAGGCUUGUGGUCAGAUUUUGAUGAAGCUUAGGAAAAAUAAAAGCAGUUGGAUCUUUAACGAUCCUGUUGACGUCACGGCUUUUGGAAUUCACGAUUAUUUUGAAAUAAUUAAGCAUCCAAUGGAUCUGGGAACUGUAAAGACUAAACUCGCCAAGAAUGCUUACUCUUUGCCAGAGGAUUUUGCGUACGAUGUGCGGUUGACAUUUAACAAUGCAUUGACCUACAAUCCGAAGGGUCACGAAGUUAACACUGUGGCGAUGGAGUUACUUAUGAAGUUUGAGGAGCUUUAUCGUCCGAUACAUGAGAAAUUUGAAGAACGUGGUUUUGAUGAUGAAUUGCAGGCCAGUUCAUGGAACCGUGUUGAGCCAGAGAGGGAGAAGGUCAAGAAGAAAGAUAAUCCAAUUCCAAUCCUUCCGCCUGUGGUAGCUAAACGGCAAGAGCCACCACCCGAGCUUGCUAGUACUUCUUAUCAGCCAAGCACUUCUAACCCACCAUUGGUGCAGUCUCCAGUGCGCACACCUUCCCCAAUGCGUGCACUUCCAGUGAAGCCCUUGAAGCAGCCCAAGCCAAAGGCAAGGGAUCCAAACAAAAGGGAAAUGAGUAAUGAGGAAAAACACAAGUUGGGGCUUGGGUUGCAGAUUUUACCUCCAGAGAAAAUGGAACAGGUGGUGCAGAUCAUAAGGAAAAGAAAUGGGCAUUUGGAGCAGGAUGGAGAUGAGAUUGAGCUUGAUAUGGAGGCUGUCGACACAGAGACUCUCUGGGAACUUGAUCGAUUAGUGACAAAUUGGAAAAAGAUGGUGAGCAAGAUUAAGCGGCAGGCGCUAAUGGAUAAUAAUAAUGUGCCUUCAAACAAAGGCAAUGGGGAGUUGUCUGACAGAGAGAAAGUUGACGCAGCAGUGCCAUCUGAGGGGAAAAAGCAGAAGAAGAUAGAGACUGUUGACGAAGAUGUUGACAUUGGUGAUGAUAUGCCGGUGAACAAUUUCCCCCCUGUGGAGAUUGAGAAAGAUAGAGAUAUGGGUGGUGCUGGUGGUCAUGCCAGCAGUAGUUCCAGUAGUUCCAGCAGUUCUGGUAGUGAUUCAUCAUCAUCCAGUGAUUCAGAUUCUGGAAGCUCUUCUGGAAGUGAUUCUGAAGCAGACAAUGGUCACUUGUAGCAGGGCAUGUGUUUUGGAACUAACGGUCUUCUAGACCAAUGCCCCAAUGCCGGAUGGCGGGACAGGACAUGUUUACUUCAUUGCUGUGCUUGAUUGUGUGGGAUAGGGGUUGUGAACAGUUGUGGACAUUGAUUGUUGGUUUCAGUGUGGAAAUGGCUAAUUGGAUUGGUAUUGGGGCUAAGAGCACCUGCUCCAGGAUUUGCAUUGUGAAGUGUGGGAAUUGCUAAUUGGAUUGGGACUAAGAACACGUGCUCCAGGAUUUGCUUUGUGAAGUGUGGGAAUUGCUAAUUGGAUUGGGACUAACACCUGCUCCAGUGACAAUAAAUCUCUCAUUCAACCCAAGGGUUUGGACAAUAAUCAAAAGCAGUUGUAGGGCCAGAGAGUAGCGAGUAACAUGUGGUGAUGAUUUUUCAAGUAGGGGAGGAUAGGUAGAUAGAUGCUUAGGAAGAGAAGAUAGAAUUAGUGCUUUUAUGUUUGUUUACCUUGUACACAUUACAGUAAGUAGAUGAAUUUUACCCUCCUCGGACUUAGGAGAUGGAUCUCCAAUUCAUUUGUUGGGAUUGUUAAUUUGAUGGAAUCACCCUUAUCCAUUAAUUUGAUGCAUUCAACCAGAGAAAAUGAAAUGGAAAAUAAAAGCAUCCUCUUUGAAGGAUCAUUUACGAAA